AUGGCUUCAGGCAUGUACAUUGACAAUGUCCGCUCAAAGGCCACUUUUGCGAACUACUUGGCUUCGCGAGCUCGAGCUGGCCGCCGGAGGAGUGACGCCUCUAAUGCUAGACGUGGAACUUCAGGCAGCAGGUGGUCCGCUUCCGAGCUCCAAAAGUAUCAGUUGCUUCGCAAAUCUCAGCAUCCACCGGCUUUAGAGCCAAAAAAGUUCGAGAUCCCCCCGAAACUGAGAGCAGCUAUGAAAAACCCGACCCGGGACAGGGACGGCAAGCGAAGGUCUCAACGCCAGUUAUACAGGAACAACGCUCUGAGCAUCUUUUGGGGCGCUCUCUUUCGCAUGACCCCCGACCCCAAAUUGGCAUCCCCGAGGCCCCACAGAGCGUGUACGGAACACACACCCAGCUAUUCAGAGCCGCCACCCAGCCCUACAAGCUCGGAAUCAUCCCAAGGCUCCGACUAUGUGGACGAGGACGUCGUGCGAUCCAUAGCCGCUCGCACGUUGGAAGACGAGACUCUGUAUCUUGCACAGUCUUUUGUACACGUCGUGCUGAACGAGCUCCAGGCGCACGGCGCCACACGGCUCGUGGAGAUUGAUGUCGCGAAGAGGACUUACUCGGUGACCGGUCGGCGCGUUGCCAUUGUCGAGGCCAAGCACACAGUCGCGUUGAGGGCCAACACCCCGUCUUUGACGGACGAAUGCGUCGGCCAGAUGCUCGCGGAGGCGCUGGGGAGCCGCUUGACAGCCGACGAGCCAGAGGUGGAAGACAUCCUCGCCAUCCACAUCGCGCAGACGCACAUCGCCUUCAUCCAAUUCCACAUUCCCAACGACUACGUCGAAGCGAUCCGAAGCUCGGAAGAGCUUGACAAAACCCGCGACGAGCAUUUCAUCGAGAUGUACGCGACGCCAUUUCUGGACCUCGACAGCGAUAGGGGCAGGCGGCAGGUCGUCAGCGGGAGAGCCGGUGGGGGCGCGCCUGUGCCCCGGGCAAGCGGCGACGGCGACGACGAUGGGGGUGGCGGCAGCGGAGGUGGCGGCAUGGCAGUGGAGGUGCAUGGCAGCGGAGGUGGCGGCAUGGCAGUGGAGGUGCAUGGCAGCGGAGGUGGCGGUAUGGUAGCGGAGGUGGCGGCAUGGUGA